AGUGGAGGCUGUGGCAGGCGAGCGCUGCUGGGUCUGAGCGCCUGGAGGCAGGAGCACUCGCGGAGCCUGCCCGUUGGCCGCCGAUAGCCAUGUCGUCCUUCGACACCAACCCCUUCGCGGACCCCGUGGACGUAAACCCCUUCCAGGAUCCAUCUGUGACCCAGCUGACCAGUGCCCCGCAGGGCGGCCUCUCGGAAUUCAACCCUUUCUCCGAGACAAAUGCAGCAACAACGGUUCCUGUCACGCAGCUCCCUGGACCCUCUCAGCCCGCUGUGCUCCAGCCCUCUGUGGAGCCGACCCAGCCAAGCCCCCAGGCUGUGGCCUCCGCGGCCCAGGCCAGCCUGCUGCGGCAGCAGGAGGAGCUGGACAGGAAGGCAGCUGAGCUGGAGCGGAAGGAGCGGGAGCUGCAGAACACGGCGGCCAGCCUGCACGUGAGGGAGAACAACUGGCCCCCCCUGCCCUCCUGGUGCCCGGUCAAGCCCUGCUUCUACCAGGACUUCUCCACAGAGAUCCCGGCCGACUACCAGCGCAUCUGCAAGAUGCUUUACUAUCUCUGGAUGCUGCACUCGGUGACUCUGUUUCUGAACCUCCUCGCCUGCCUCGCCUGGUUCUUGGUGGACACCAGCAAGGGGGUCGACUUUGGCCUCUCGAUCCUGUGGUUUCUCAUCUUCACCCCCUGUGCCUUCCUGUGUUGGUACCGACCCAUCUACAAGGCCUUCAGGUCCGACAACUCCUUCAGCUUCUUUGUGUUCUUUUUCAUAUUUUUUUGUCAGAUAGGCAUCUAUAUCAUCCAGUUGGUCGGCAUCCCUGGCCUGGGGGACAGUGGUUGGAUCGCAGCCCUGUCCAUCGUGAAGGAGGACCUGGCCGUGUCCAUCAUCAUGAUGGUGGUGGCCAGCUUCUUCACCCUCUGCGCCGUGCUCUCGCUCUUCCUGCUGAAGCGGGUGCACUCGCUGUACCGCAGGACGGGGGCCAGCUUCCAGCAGGCCCAGGAGGAGUUCUCGCAGGGCAUCUUCAGCAGCAGGACCUUCCGCAGCACCGCCUCGUCAGCUGCCCGGGGCGCCUUCCAGGGGAACUAGGCCUUUGGGGCGCCUCCCCCAGCCUCCUCGCCUGCCUUCUGAGCUGCACUUUCCAUGGGUGCCUUAAGCAGGGGUGCAGCCCGGCACAGACCCCGGGUGGAUCUGGCCGUGGCUCCUGCUCCUUCCUCAGCUGCCUCUCCCUUCUGCCCAGGGGGACGGGAGGGAGGGCCUGGCACUUGUCUUCCACAAGAGAGAAGGAAAGGAACAAAGCUGUCUUUCCUCCUCUGGUGGCAGUUCGGUCUGGUAGGGUCCUUUUGUCUCUCUGAAAGCAAUGGGGCUAAGCUCCCCCCAGUACACACAUGUGCGCGCGCACACACACAUGCACACAUGCACAUACACACGCACAUAUUCAGAUCCCUGGUUGACCUGGGCCCACCCAGCCGGUGUUUUCUUUCUGUUGAUUUUGGGGACACGCCUGGCAGCGGUGCUCAGGGGCUACUCCCAGUGGUGCUUGGGGACCACGCAGUGCCGAGGGCCAGACCCAGGCUUCCCACAGCUGUGCUCCAGGCCUUGGAGCUCUUGGAGUUUUCUUUUCGCCCAGGUCUUGGGACUGUGCUCCUUGCCCAGCUGGUCUGGCCUCACCUAAAUUUGACUGCACAGACCCAGCCUGUGGUAUCAGAGGUGGCCCCACUUCCUGCCCUGCCUGGAAGGAUGUGCGGGAAGGGCAUCCCUUUAGAAGAGCCGUCGUGGGCCUGUGGCCAACUCUGUCUCCAUGUCACCCUCUCCGUCUCCAGGCUCACGCUGGUCCCCCAGGCGCUUCCCUGUCUGUGUUUCUUACACACAGACUUGGAGCCCCCACAGGCCCUCC